AUCAGCACAUGCGCUCGCGCCAGCACCGAGCAGGCUGCCCGUCUGCUGGAACCAGCCACGCCGUCCAUCCCUUCAUCCUGACGGACUGCACUUCACCGAUUGUCUGGCUUUCGCACUUCGGGGUUCCGGUAGUGUCGAAGCGGGCAGUUCGCGCACCGAGGGGUCGGUGGAGGACACGGGCUCGUGCAUGCGUGCAGUCUGAGCGGGGAGUUUGCGCGCAACCGACUGGCGCAUGCAGGGCGAGUUUUGGUCGGGCACGCUCUCUGUCUGAAGUUCACAUUCGCCGAGUCACGCUUGUUGAAACGGAUCAGUCUCAGUUGUUGUGGGGCAGCCUGCUCAGCAGACUGGUGAGGGAGACUUUCAACGCAUUUUCAUUCUAAUAUCCUUAAAUGUUCCUUAUUUGCAUGUACUUAUAGUGAAGCUUUUGAUCACUACAUUGCUCUCCGACACAUUUAAAAUGACUUUCAAACCUGAGCUACAUCAAUAUGUUGCAUUUAAAUCCUAAUAGCUGGAGAAGAGUGUGUGAUGGUGACCUUAGAACUUCAUUUAAAGUUUGCAGGAGCGUUGGUCUGCUUCGGGAGGCUGCCCAGUCAAGGAAGGCGAAGCCGCGGGAUUUCAUACACAAGAGUGCACACAAGGACGCUCCCAAUGAGAAGCCUAAAAUCUGCACUGCAGUGGAUUUCUUCAGAUGUGUGUGUGUGUGAGUGUGUGUGUGAAUGGCUGUGUGAUCUGACCGUAUAGUCUCAGUUUAGAUUCUGUGCACUUUCUCGUUAACAAUCGGAAGAACCUGCAGAAGCUUCGGGGCGUCGUCUGGAGGUCGCCCUGUCCAAGAAAACCGUGCCAUCCUGCAGUUUCCAGACCACCAAGCCUCCCCCCGCCCCCCUUUUUCUGUUCCCAUCACAGUCCGGAGUGUGGUGGCUGGUUAGCUGGUGUGUCCGUUGAGGGGCCUCAGACUGGAGAGCUGGGACUGACCGGUGGAUUUUUAAAGAACUCCAUGGAUAUUUAUCCAAAUCUACAAUAACAAAGCAACGUCUGAGUGGUGAAUUCCAUUUCAUUGUACUUGGAGGAGUUGUAUUUUUGGAUUAAGAAGGUUGGACCUGCUCUUCAUGGGGUUGUAGGGCAAAACUAUGUCAUAUUUCACCUCAGGGAUAAGAUUUCUAUAAUUUUCACUGUGUCAUCCGAGUCAGCACGACGCAGCAAAUCUCAGGUGCCGACACAGGUUCUACAGGUUUCCCAGGUUCAGGUUGAGUUCCAGUUGGACUAACAGAGUUUCCGUUUUGUAUUUUCAAGACUUCAAACUCAGCAAAUCUCAGGCAACAGACACAACAUGACAUCUGACAGUUUCCAGUACCGGGUGCUCUUCGAGUACAAGCGAGAGCGAGGCAAUGACAUCAGCCUCCAGCCGGGCGACCUGCUCACCGUCUCCAGGGCCUCGCUGAUGGCGGUGCCGGGGCUGGACUACCAGGACGGGGAUGAGCGGAGCCCCAAAGGCUGGCUGCACGGCACCAACGAGAGGACCAAGGAGAAGGGAGACUUUCCGGGGACUUUUGUGGAGUACGUCGGGGUGGUGAGGGCCGGCCCUCCCGCGGUGAAAUCCUGGUCCAGGCCUGUACCGCCGACCCCUGGGGGGUCACAGAGCGACGUGGGGGCUCAGCCGCCUGGAGCAGCUGCUGCUUCAGGUGUGGAGGUGGAGUUUCUGUCUGAAGCGGCUCCUGUGGUUGUUCGGAGACUCAUCGAAGCCGUCGAGAAACACGGUUUGAGCAGUGAGUCUCUGUAUCGAGCCCCCCCAUCCUCCAGUGGACCUGCAGAGCUGCGGCAGGCUUUGGACUCAGAUCCGGUUUCAGUGGACCUGGACCAGUAUGAUGUGGUUUCUCUGACUGAUGCUCUUAGAGGUUUCCUGCAGGACCUGAGCGUCCCCAUCAUUCCAGCCACAGUCUACAGCGAGCUGGUCUACACUGCUCAAGAGAGUCCGAGUGUGGAGGAGUGCGGGGAGAGGCUGAAGAGGAUCCUGGAGUCCCCCAUUAUCCCUCAGGCCAACCACCAGCUCCUGUUCCAUCUCAGCAGACACCUGGCCCGGGUCAGCCUGGAGGGUCAGACCGGCCCCCGGCUGCUGGGACAGGCCUUCGCCGAGGCCGUCUUCAAGUCCUCUCCUCUCAGUUGCGACGUGAACCCGGAGCAUCACGUCAGGAUCUUGGAGGCUCUAAUUGCAACCGGAGGUCUCAUGGAGAUGCAGGCUGCACCAGCUCUUCCUCCGAAGCCAGCGAAGCCGGCCUCGUCGGUCGGGGUUGGGGGGGGCACCACAAAUGGCCCCAAGGACGGAGGAGCAGGAGGCUCCCUGCAAGAGGCCGAGUGGUACUGGGGGGACAUAUCCAGGGGAUGCAUUUUCAGCAUUUACUCUCUAAAAAAAAGGGGUUUGGAUAGGGUGAUAAGUACUAACCCGGUCUGCUCCUUCUCCUUCAGGAAGGGGGGCAACAACAAGCUGAUAAAGAUCUACCAUCGGGACGGAAAGUACGGCUUCUCUGACCCCCUAACGUUCGGCUCGGUGGUGGAGCUCAUCAGCCACUACAGACACGAGUCUCUGGCUCAGUACAACACCAAGCUGGACGUCAAACUCAUGUACCCCAUCUCCCGCUUCCAGCAGGACCAGCUGGUGAAGGAGGACAACAUUGACGCCGUGGGGAAGAAGCUGCAGGAAUACCACAAUCAGUACCAGGAGAAGAGCAAAGAGUACGACCGACUGUACGAAGAAUACACCAAGACCUCGCAGGAGAUCCAGAUGAAGCGGACGGCCAUCGAAGCUUUCAACGAGACCAUCAAGAUCUUCGAGGAGCAGUGCCACACGCAGGAGCGCUACAGCAAGGACUACAUCGAGCGUUUCCGCCGCGAGGGCAACGACAAGGAGAUCGAGAGGAUCAUGAUGAACUACGAGAAGCUCAAGUCCCGGCUCGGGGAGAUCCACGACAGCAAGGUGCGGCUGGAGCAGGACCUGAAGACGCAAGCCAUGGACAACCGGGAGACGGACAAAAAGAUGAACAGCCUGAAGCCCGACCUCAUACAGCUCCGCAAGAUCAGGGACCAAUAUCUAGUCUGGCUCAAUCACAAAGGAGUUCGUCAGAAACGAAUUAACGACUGGCUGGGGAUCAAGAACGAGAACCCUGACGAAGGCUACUUUGUGACCGAGGAGGAUGAGAACUUGCCUCACUACGACGAGAAGAGCUGGUUCGUCGGGGACCUGAACCGGACGCAGGCGGAGGAGCUGCUCAUCGGGAAGCCGGACGGAGCCUUUCUCAUCCGAGAGAGCAGCAAAAAGGGCUGCUACGCCUGCUCUGUGAUAGUGGAAGGCGAGGUGAAGCACUGCGUCAUCUACAGCACGCCGCGCGGCUUCGGCUUCGCGGAGCCCUACAACCUGUACAGCAGCCUGAAGGACCUGGUGCUCCACUACCACCAGACGUCCCUGGUGCAGCACAACGACUCGCUCAACGUGCGCCUCGCGUACCCCGUCUACACACAGAUGCCCUCCGGUCGCAGAUGAACCGCACCCGACCACCCGGCCACAGCCCCGCAUAGACAACAAACCAGCCCCCUCUCGGGGGAGGGCGAACGGGGGAGUGAAGGAAGGGAGGAAGGAAGGAAGGAGGGGGGGGGGGGGGGGGGGGGGGGGGGGGGGGGGGGGGGGGGUUGGUUGACAUACAACCCCAACACCAGACCCCAUGAAGAUAGAAAUUAAAACACUUGCUGCAACACACACGUCAGCCACCUUGGAGUUAUAUAUAUUUUUACAAGAACAUUUUCGGAGGGCAUUCUUUCUAAAGACUGCUUGAUUUGCACAAGGAAGUUUUCAAUGUUUGUGAAUGUGAAGAAGAAGAAGAAAAAAAAAAAGUGACU